GUCACGAGGUUCGUGGUCAGGUGCUUCAGAUCGGAGUGCCUUCUGCUCUCAGUUACUGUACGUACGGUUUAGCGUGAGUUUUGCGUUCGUUCCACCCGGCCUCGACUCGAUCUCCAGGAUGACGGGUGACACGGGAAAGUCGAGCAACCUGAUAAUCCUCGCGCUGCUCGCUGUCUGUCAGCUCGAUCUUGGUCGUGCCUGCACGCCCGCCGUAAUUUGGUGCCCACACGAGUCGUCCGAUUACGACGCGGUAUAUCGAGCGGCGCCGUCGAGUCCGCUGCAGAAGUUGACGUCCGAGGAGUUCGAGAGGAUCCUGUUGCAGUUCAACAUCACCGAACCGGCGGUCAUCGCCGAGGAACUUUGCGUCGAAGAUCUGCGGAACAGCAAGGUGCUGUCAAACACCACCAACGGCUCGAAAAUAUUUUACUAUCCAUGUGUCGUCACGUCGGACACGGUAUUUCGGAAGAUCUACAAGCAGAUAAGAAUGAUAGAGGAUAUGAAUGACGAUCACGAGUUCAACAUGGUCCUCAGGGACGUCGAUUCAAGCGGAUGCAUAGCACUUACAGGGAAACAGUGUCGUUAUAGUCAUACUGAACGAAUAAAAAGAGAAACAGUUGCAGACAAUUCUACAGAGUUCAAGAUAAACACAGAUAAAGUCCUUUUGUAUUCCACAAAGCCAUUGUUAUUCAAGGCAUCCGACAAGGCAGAAGUGGUGAUACUUGAUCAAUCCAAAGUCAGAAGUGCAAUAAGUCGUAAGGACAAAGAUAAGGGAAACACAGUGAUCCUGACUAUCAAGUUUGCUGAUGUUAAGGACAUCGGCAGUCUAACACUCGAAUUUUUCUUCAAUGUCAAGAGCAUCGGCUAUUACACAUUGAAAAACGUAACCUACGAGACGAAUAACGGGAUCGACGUUCUAUCUACCAGGCGGGACAUUUCCUUUCCAGUUGGUUUCUCCUACCAUUGUUCACCGGAGACAGUUUUUGUGAACGGUACCACAUACUUAAGUAUCAGCGAUAUGCAGGUGCAGGCCGAUCACAAAAACGCGACAUUCGGCGAUGCGUACGACUGCGUCGGUUUCACCAGUAUACCGAUCUGGACAGGAAUAUUUGUCACAGCGAUACUGGGUUUGAUCAUGAUAUGGGCUCUCAUUAUGAUCAUGGAUAUCCAUACGAUGGACAAAUUCGAUGAUCCCAAAGGGAAGACUAUCACGAUCUCCAGCACAGAAUAAUAACUUUUAAUGCAAUUGUAGGUAUUGAGUAUUCGUGUGCGAAACCAAUUAUCGCAGAUAUCGUGUUGAUUGUUCAUAAUAACGAUCGUCUUGAAACAUUUAAUUUUUCUGAUUUGAAGUCAUAUUUUCAUAUAAAAAACCGAGAGAGUAUUGAGUAACAAUAAUACUAGUCUCAUUACUAUGAACUUUCGCUCGAUGUAUAAAUAUCAUUCCUUUGUAUAAUAUUAUCUUACGUUCGAUAUUUAUAGAUUGUUCAUUAUUGUGCGUUUGUAUGAUACAGUGGUUAUGAACUUAUUUUAGCAUUUAGUCCUUACACUCUAUGAUAAAUAUAAGAAAAGUUGUAAAAUCCUUCAAGUAUAAUUGAAAGGUAACCUAACGUAUAUCACAUUAAAUAAAAACACGAAGUGUUUUUUUAAACAGGAAUAUAACAGUAGAAAAAGAAAUUUAUUGUAUAGCCAUAUAUAUAAAAUCACAGUAAAAAUAAACAAUUGCAUACAAUGUUACUGCCUGUUACUGUUGGUGCAAUUUAACGUUUAUUAUAAAAAUAGUAAAAAAAUAAGAUAAAUUGCGAACUGAAACUUGUGUUACGCGGUAGAUAAAUAAAUUUAUAUUCGAGAUACGGUCCCGCGUCCUUCUUUAAACUUAAAUUCACGCCUGUAUAAGCUUCCUUGUUAAGAAUUUGUAAAAAAUAUGUAACAUAAGCUAUAUAAAUGUUUAAUAUAAUGUAUAAGACGUACAAUAUAAAUGUCUUAUAUAAAA